CAUCGCUGCUUCUCAACGACCGCAACCAAUGGAGGGACUUCAUGAUAUAGGCCCUCCACCUUUUCUCAACAAAACCUAUGACCUUGUCGACGACCCAAGCACGGAUAGUAUAGUGUCUUGGAGUAUAGGUAACAACAGCUUUGUUGUAUGGGAUCCUCAGAUCUUUGCCGGGAAUCUUCUUCCGAGAUAUUUCAAGCAUAACAAUUUCUCAAGCUUUGUUAGGCAACUCAACACCUAUGGUUUUAGAAAGGUUGAUCCAGACAGAUGGGAGUUUGCAAAUGAAGAAUUUCUCAGAGGACAAAAGCCUCUGUUGAAGAAAAUCAAGAGGAAGAAGGCACUUCAGCCUCAUACCUCACAGCAAGCUGUAGGUCCGUCAGUUGAAGUUGAGCGAUUUGGGUUAGAUGGGGAAGUUGAUCACAGGAGGCGGGACAAGGAGGUUCUGAUGAUGGAGCUGGUGAAGCUCAGAAGGCAACAACAGGAUACAAGAGCUUACCUCCAAGCAAUGGAGCAAAGGAUCAAAGGGACAGAGUUGAAACUGAAACAGAUGAUGAAUUUCUGGGCAAAAGUUAUAAAGAAUCCCAGUAUCAUACAGAAAUUGGUCCUACAAAGCAGAACAAAAGAACUUGAAUCAGCAUUAACUAAAAAGAGGAGACUGAUCGAUGAAGGGCCUACCUAUGUGGAAGCCACGGGGGAAGGAAAUUCAGUCAAAACUGAACCCCACGACUAUGGUGACAUUUCAGCAUUUGAAGUUUCAGAGCUGGAUACACUUGCUAUGGACAUGCAGGGACUAAGCAAAACUGGGAAGAACCCAGAGAAGGAACAGAUAGAGAAAGAAGAGAUGAAGCUCGAAAGCGGAAAUAAAGCACUGGAUAUAGGAAUAUGGGAAGAGUUUUUGAAUGAGGAGCUUGAAGGAGAUAUGGGUUUACUGGAUACUGUUGGAGGGGAUGAUGAAGAAGACGUGAAUGUAUUGGUUGACCAGCUGUGUGACUUGGUUUCCAGUCCAGUAUAGGGAGCUGAGCUUUCUCAAUGCUUUCCUACUUGCCUGUGUCUUCAGUAGUCAGGGAAGAAGAGACCUCCCUACAGCAGUCUGACUCCAUGAUUACUUGUUUUCCUUUUUCAUCUGGGUCUCCCUAAUGCCAAAGAACCAGUAAUUUUCAGACGGGUUCUUGGCACUGACAGAGAGCGUUUUCAGUAUGUACUCAAAGAAAGAAGAAAUUCCAAGACAUGGUGAUAAGUGAUAACCAAGCUUGUAUAUUUUUUGGCUUACAGUGUCCUCAAGCGUUCUUUCAGAGUAGAAUUCUAGUUUAGGUUCUUAGUUAAUGGUGCUCUCAGGCAGUGCUGACUAGAAAACUUGCUCUAAAGUCCAAUCUCGUGUCUGUUUUUUUUUUUUUUUUUUUAAGUUUUUAACAGAUAGAUUACUAUUUGCCAUUAGGGCUUUUUGUCAUGUAAUCAUUUUUGUACUUUUCAUAGAGCU